CCCUUGCCUUCAUGGGUGUGAGAUAAUCAGCAGGACUUGGGGUGGGUGUUUUGCAUGAAGAAAACCAUGAUCCUGCAGUAUAGUCCCCACACCCGAGGGAGGGAAAGGUAGUAAGACAUCAUUGGGUGCCUCACUACCUCCGAAACUCAUGGAAAUAAGGCACCUGUUCACCAUGCCAACCCUCCGUUAAAAAAUAACCUCUAGAUUCUCGGUGGCGGUGGCGGCGGCAGCGGCCCUGGACUGCGGGGAAUGGGAAUCCUAGGUCUUUGAGCACCGCCCCCGCCUCCCUGCCCGCGACAUGGCUCAGGAGAAGAUGGAGCUGGACCUGGAGCUGCCUCCGGGCACGGUUGGGAGCCCGGCGGAGGGCGGCGGCAGCGGCGGCGGCGGCGGGGGCCUCAGGAGGUCUAACAGCGCCCCCCUGAUCCACGGCCUCAGUGACACUUCGCCGGUGUUCCAGGCCGAGGCGCCGAGCGCCAGGCGAAACAGCACAACGUUCCCGAACCGCCACGGCCUGCUACUACCGGCCUCCCCCGUCCGCAUGCACAGCAGCCGCUUGCACCAGAUCAAACAGGAGGAGGGCAUGGACUUGAUCAAUCGAGAGACCGUCCACGAGCGCGAGGUGCAGAACGCAAUGCAGAUAAGCCACUCCUGGGAGGAAAGUUUCAGCCUGAGUGACAACGAAGUGGAGAAAUCCGCCUCCCCGAAACGCAUCGAUUUCAUUCCGGUGUCGCCAGCACCGUCACCCACCCGGGGAAUUGGGAAGCAGUGUUUUUCACCAUCCUUGCAAAGUUUUGUGAGUAGCAAUGGAUUGCCUCCAAGUCCUAUUCCCAGCCCAACGACCCGAUUUACUACCCGGAGAAGCCAGAGUCCAAUUAAUUGCAUUAGACCAAGUGUUCUUGGACCAUUGAAAAGAAAAUGUGAAAUGGAAACUGAAUAUCAGCCAAAGAGAUUUUUCCAGGGCAUCACCAACAUGCUUUCUUCUGACGUUGCACAGCUGUCAGAUCCUGGUGUGUGUGUAUCUUCCGAUACCCUUGAUGGAAACAGCAGCAGUGCCGGAUCUUCUUGUAAUUCACCAGCGAAAGUCAGCACUACCACCGACUCUCCUGUGUCACCUGCCCAAGCGGCCUCUCCAUUUAUUCCAGUAGAUGAACUUUCAUCUAAGUGAUUCACCCACGCAUCCUGAGACUCGGUUUUGUUUUUGUCUUUGCAAUGAAGAGAAAAAUGAAGUUGGAACAAGCACUGAACUUUGUCGAUUAAUUUGAGGCUAUUUCCUAUUUUACCCUUUUUCCUUUUUUGGAAUUUCCUGAAAUGUUGGUAUUCUAGAGAACUUUUAUGUCAGAUUCCUGCGGGUGCCCUUGAAUUCAGUGUAGUAAUAUUUUCAGACGUUUUCCCAAUAAGUGUGUUGAAGCAUACAUCUUUACGCUGCUAAUAUGUCUAAAUACAUAUGUUAUCCCUUGAUUUUUUAAAAUAACUGAGAGCUCUAUUUAUUUAUGCGAUUAUUAAGUUCUGAUGCAAAUAUAAAUGUUGAAUUAAUCAGCAUAGUAAACUGAUGUUUUAAAAUUCCCUACUUCAUGCCCACACUAAUUUUUAAUGUUAUUUUCAGUGAUUGCUAAUUUCUAUUUGAUGAAGAACAAUAACUUACCUAUGUACAGGUAUUUUUAAAAUGUUAGUUUUAUCCAUCCAGUGGUUGUCUGUUUUACCCAGGAAUCCUUGAAUAUUUAAUUUUCUGGGUACAGAAGUGGAUGGGGGACGGUGAUAAAAGAACAGAAUAUAAAAGUUUGCA